AUGGAAACAAGAAAGUAUUUCAAUCGUAUACCACCAACACCUUCAAUGUUUAAUGUUAGUUUAACCAAGCAUAAGAAUAAUAAUAAAACACAUGCAUAUCUUCCACAUACUGAAUUACCAUUAAAUGUCAUUGAUUAUUACGAUGUACGGAAACAAAUAUUAAUGAAUUCUAAUCAUUCAAUUAACACAUUAAAACAAUCGAAAAAUGAACACAAUUUAUCAAUACAACAAUCAAAUUCUCAAUAUAAAACAUUUCCAAGAAUGAAUUAUCAAAUUCAUCAUUCUUCACAUGAGCAAGAACAACAAAAUAUACUUAAUUCAUUUGAUUUUUUUAAUGAAAUAAAUCGUUUCAAACUUCGUCUUAAUAUAUUAGAAACAGAACGUUUUGAACUUGAAGAUAAAGUUCAACGACUUCAAGCAGAGAACACAAGUUAUAAAAAUCUCUUUCUUAAUGAAACUAAUGACCGGAUUGGUUCUCGAUCAACAACAGUACUUAAUGGACAUAUGACUUCAAUGGCAGUUACUGAAAAUGACAUCGAACGAUUAAAACGACGUAUUGAAACUCUUGUUAAAUCAAAUGAUGAAAAAGAAAGAAAAAUUGAAGAUUUGCAAAUUCAAUUAACCAAAUGUCAACCUAUUCCUCUAACACCAAUACCAUCGUUUAAUAUACAAAAGAUUGAUAAUUAUAUUAAUAAUCAUACGAUUCAAAAACUUAGUUAUGAAGCAGACGGUGAUAUAUCAGAUUCGAAUUCAGUACCAUCUCUUAAUAGUGAUAAGGAUUCUCAACUAAUUCAAAAACCUUUAUCAAUAUACAAUGGUUAUGAUUCAUCGCAAAAUCAAUCAACUCUCUUAACAUUACAUCGUGCUUCAAGUGCUGAACCAAUGUUAAAACGUGAAUUAACAACUACACCUAUUUCUAAUAUAUCACAAGUAACAUUUCCAUCAAAUAAACGAAAUUAUGAUAAACAUGAUCAAAGUGGUUAUAUAUCGGAUGGACCAAGUCAAAAAUAUUCAUUAUAUAAAAAAACAUCAUCAACUAAUUUAGAUAAAAAUAAAUCAUCGAGUGCGAAAGGAUUAAAAAGUAUUUUUGGUAGAAUUAUUCGAACGAGUUCAGGAAAUAUUCGAGAUGAUAAUGAACAACAAAUACAAAGUUCAUUUCAACGUGGUGGUUUAAGAGCAACAAUUACGAAUGGAAGUACUUCAUCAAAAACAUUAAGUCCAAUAGAAACAACAUUUGCACAUUGGCAAACAGAACAAAUUGUUAAUUGGUUAUAUGGUAUUGGUCUUGGACAAUAUGCAAGUGAAUGUCGAAAACAUUUUAAAAAUGGUUUGCAAUUAUUACAUGCAACACCACAAGAAUUAGAAAAAAAAAUUGGAAUGCGUAAUCCUAUACAUAGAAAGAAAUUACAAUUAUGUUUAAAUGGUCUAUGUACAAGUCAAACAGAGGCGAAUAGUCUUGAUACAUAUUGGGUUCAAAAAUGGCUUGAUGAUAUUGGUUUACCACAAUAUAAAGAAUAUUUUGCUGAAUCGAAAGUAGAUGGUCGAAUACUUAAUAAUUUAACUCUUGAAGAUAUUAUUUAUUUAAAUAUCACAAAUGAACUUCAUCAUUUAAGUAUAAAACGUUCAAUACAAGUCUUACGUCUAAAUGAUUUUAAUCCAACAUGUAUAAAACGACGACCAAAUCCAAAUGAUAAAAAUAAUAUCAAUGAAAUUAUGUAUUGGUCAAAUCAUCGUGUUAUGGAAUGGUUAAGAUCAAUUGAUUUAUCGGAAUAUGCACCGAAUUUACGUGGAUCUGGUGUUUGUGGUGCUCUUAUUGUUCUUGAAUUACGUUUUAAUGUUUCAACUCUUGCAGAAAUUUUAUCGAUACCAAUGUCGAAAACUUUAUUACGACGACAUUUAACUAUGCGUUUUCAAGAAUUAAUUGGUAAUGAUUUACAAAAUCGUAAAAAUCAAUAUGAAAAAUCUCCGAAUUGUCAACCAUUAACAUUACAUACAAAAGUUAAAUUUCCACGUGGUUUAUUUGCACAUCGACGUGCACGUUCAGUUGAUACUAAUGAACUUGUUUGUCCAAUGAAUGAUAAUAGUAUUCCUAAUGGAAUAUCUCCAAGUUUGAAGCUUUUUCAAUCAAAAGAAUCAUCAAUGACUGAUGAUUUAGAAAAUGAACUUGCUCUUACUCUUCAUAGUCCAACAACGGUUGUUUAA